AUGACAAACACAUCAGUAGCAAUUAUGAGCUUUGAAAAAGAGUUCAGAAACGUUUUUUGCGGAUUUCCUAUUCAAGCUUCACUUUCCUCACUCCAAAUUGCAUUUCAAAGUUUCGAAAAAACACAACAAGUGGAAGUAUAUUCGCGUUUAAAAAACCUUUACAACCAAUAUUCGUUCAACAUAAGAAAGACUUUAAUGAGCAAAUCGGAGCAAAGCGAUGCCUUUCUUGAAAUAUUUGUUUCAGCUUGGUUGAGUUUUGCUGAUAAAAUGGAAUUGAUUAAAAGUAAUUUUCAAUACUUGGAUUCUGCUUUCCAAAUGAUGGGUAAAGAGUCAAUCUGGAGGUUGGGAUUAUGUGAGUUUCGGAAGCAAGUGUUAUGUAGUCGCGAAAUCAAUAAGAAGAAUCUUUUAGGGAUAUUAGAGUCGAUUGAAAAACAGCGGGAUGGUGAAGUAAGAAAUGGAGCAGUACUGCGUGAAAUACUCCAAAUAUAUAUCAAGUUAGCGCUUUAUGAUCCAAUAGAAAAGUCUCUUGAAUAUACAACAUCUAAAUAUUAUGAAUUGAAAAGUGAUGUUUAUAUACAUAAACUGAAUGUGUAUGAAUAUUUGCAAUACGUUAAAGAACGUGUUAAAUAUGAGAGGGAUCAUAUUUCUGCAUACUUACAUCCAAGAACCAAGGAUUCUUUAAUGAAGCAUGUGGAAUCAAAAUUAAUCAAACGUCACGCCAAAUUAAUUUGGGAAAAGAUUGAAUCAACGUUCUUCGACAUUAUACGUAAUCCAUGCGAAAAGCGUGGCAAAGCAUUAACUUUGUUAUACCUUUAUCUGGUUAAAAUUGACGGUAUUGAAUUAUUACAAUUAUUUAUAGACCCUAUUAUUGAGCAACAAAUGGAACUUAUUUAUGGACAAUUUGAAAGCAUGCCCCUUGAAUUGUCAAAUCAGUUAAAUAAAGUUAAAAAUGAAAUUGAAAUGAUAUUCGAAGAUGAUAUUGGCGAUAUAUGCAUCACGAUCAAAGAAGUGUGGCAUCAACGAGUUACAAAAUAUAUAAGUAAAAACAAAAAAAUCAAUGAAAUUGUUGCCAAACUGAUACAUGAGUUCAUGAGACCUGCCGCAAAUGACAGUAUGAGAAAUUUAGAGGAGCUUUUAGAAAUCGUCCUCCGAUUGUUAUCUUACAUGGAUGAUAAAGAAAUUUUUAGAACUUUAUAUAUGACAGAUCUUGUUACUCGAAUUUGCUUUGAGAGAACUUCAGACUUUGAAUUAGAAAGGCGUGUGGCUAAUAGAUUAUUAAAUGCGAUGGAACCAGAGUUUUCUAACAAUUUAGAUGUAAUGUUGAAUGAUAUAACAACUUCAAAGCAGAUUAGUGAAACCUAUAACAAUUAUACAAGUAAUGCACCGUUAUUGUACGUUACCAUUUUAACGCAAGAUAGUUGGCCAAAAUACUUAACCAGCCCAACAUUAGACGUGAAAUUGGCACCUAAUCUAGAACAAGCAAAAUCAGCUUUUGAACGUGUAUAUAAAACUGACCCAGAAAAUAAGAAUAAAAAAUUAAAAUGGCAAUAUGAAUUAGACAGAUGCACUGUCGAAAUGACUUUUAAGCCGAAAAAUGUCUUUAUAGAUUUGAGCUUAUGUUCAACCUUAGUAUUGUUAUUAUUCAAUGAUUUGAAACCUGGAAGUUACCUUUCUUACGAAGAAAUCAGGAGGCAGACCGGAUUGGAAACUAAUGAACUGAAUCGCGCUUUACAAUCACUUAUAUUCGGGAAGAUCUCAUUAUUAGUAAAAGAUCCGCCGAAUGAUGAUAUAGAGAACACUAAUAAAUUUUGUAUUAAUGAAUCGUUGGAUACCAUGAUUGAUAUUGACGAUAAUAUAAUUACGCUAGAAGAUCUUGAAAUGGCUAAAAGGGUACAAGAUGCAUUGGAUGUUAAGAUAUCGCAGCGGUUAGCUGAAGAUAGAGCAAUUCAACUAGAUUCAGCUAUUAUGAGAAUUAUUAAGCCAGAAAAACAAAUUAUUAAGGCAUUUUUAAUUCAAAGAAUAUUACAAAUUCCCAGAUUUGAAUGGGCAAAGGAAAAAGACGUUCAAUUACGCAUUGACAAAUUAGAAAUUGACAAGUUUGUCGAAACAGAUAAAGAGAAUAGGAACCUUCUUCUAUAUAAGCCUUAA